AUGUAUGUUGUAGGUUUAGAUGUAGACACAAGAGCUUAUUUCACAGCAGCUACUUUAAUUAUAGCUGUACCUACUGAUAUAGCUUUCCAUGAUACUUAUUAUGUAGUAGCUCAUUUUCACUAUGUUUUAAGGGUUAAUUUAACAUUCUUCCCUCAACAUUUCUUAGGUUUACAAGGUAUGCCAAGAAGAAUAAGUGAUUAUCCUGAUGCUUUUGCAGGUUGA